CGCCGGAACAGUCCGCUCCACGCGCGGGAGACACGGAUCACGCGAGACGAAAUAACAAACAUAGACGAAACGUGGUAAAAAAAACGCGUAAAGGCGUAGAGAACAAACAUAGACUUAUAGUGGCCUUAGCACGCAAGGUCUGCGCAACCUAGUCCCAACCUAGAGUUCUUGGAAAGGGUAAUAAAACCUUCACACCCGGUCAAUGUGAAGGAAACGGGCGGAAGGAGCCGAAGAACUACGACGUCGUCGGGCGGGCAGUCAAAGGUCGCUACCACGACCGCAUAAGCAAUGGACGUCUGUCGAUCGUCGAGUGCGCGAAGAAAAGGUGACCGACGGUGGCGAACGUAGGGAGAGGCAAGUGAAAAUGAAACCGUAAGCGGGGAUGUAAAGACCCGAACAAGCUCGACGGGACGGUCUGCCCCAAGUCUGUGGCGAUACAAGUUUGGUGCCAAAUGCGCGUACUGAUUGCGGCUGGACCGUACGAGGCUACUCGCGAAACGUAGAUUAAAGGCGCCCGAGUCCACCAACCUACGUAACUGUGGCCGCAGAGUGUGCGUGUGUUUUUCCAGGCAGAGAGAGAGAGAGAGUGAGAGACUGUAUCCGGGAGCGGGCAGUGUUCGCGCCCUAACCUCCCAACACCUGUGUGGCGAUCGCGAAGUACAGAUCGCGUCAACUUUUAAUGAUCGCAAGGGAUCUCGCCCCGCAAGCAUACUUUUCAGCAACCGCGACUCCGCACACAUCACACUGUGGCUGUUUGACGAGUAAAUAAAAAGCGCAUCUCAGGGAACAUCAGCACCGUGUCGAAAGAGAGCUCUCGAUCUUCGCGGCCCCGAAAAACCGACGACGAUGUUGAACAGUGAAACGGGCGAGAUGGAGUACGAGUCCGGUGGAGCGUACCGGGACCGGGAGCGCAUCUACCUGGACAAGGAGACGGGCGAAGUGAGCAGCUACCGGGCGGAACCGGACGUACGACGCCCCCGGUCCAAGUUCCUCGUCCCGAAGCAGUACCUGCGCAACCAGUGCGGCAUUGUGGCGCGCAAACCGGUGGCCUCCACGGCGGCCCCGAGCGUGGCCUGCGCGUCCAUGGCCUGCCGGCAAAAGAUGAUUCCGAUGACGAAGGAGGAGGUCACGGUCGGCUACAAAUGUAGCGCCCAUCUGCUCUACCUUCUGCCGCUGUUCUUCAUGACGCCGAAGCUGUUCGCGUUGCUCAUUUCCUUCGUGGAAGUCAUGCUGCACAUGUGGGCGCACCGGAAGAACGGGGCCGGCGGCCGCCGCCAGGACGUGUACUUCCGCAGCCCGAUGCACGUGGUGACGCGCAAUUUCUGCGAAAUCUGCCGCCACGAGCAGCUGAUGGGCCGCGUCGGAAAGCUGCAGGAUGGCCGGAUGAAGCAGAUGCAGAACUACUUCCGGAGGGUUACCCGAAACAUUGCCUGAAGCGCACUUCGGUUUGCGAGCGCGAGUUUACGCCAGUACCGUACACAUAAACGCUGCUGAUAGGUGGGGCCUGGAUUGGCCCCGUGCUUUAGCGUCAGCGCAGCGCUUUCAAUAAACCGUGCUACAAUAAGGGCUCUGUUCGUACUGUUAGCUUGUAUUAAAGUUUGUGCACAAGUGGGUACAUUGAUUAGCUUAUCGUUAUCAACCAUUCGUACAGUAAACAUAGAGCGUGUGCCUCAACAG